UCAAGAAUAUGAGAAGUUUCCGGAUAUUUCUUGAACACACCACACCAGACAUCGCGUGUGUUCAGAGUCCUCCGUGCUGUUUACUUGAGCCUAUUUUGCCCUCAGAUUUGGCUCUCAGGCAGAGUACACAGUGUGUUGAAAAAAAGGCGUAUUAUCAAAAAGGUGCUUUUUAACAAUAGCUAUACACGGUAUACAUGUAUCAUCAUCAUCAUUUACCAUAUAAUUAUGGCAAAUCUGUUUUUUUAUCGAUGAAUUAUGCAGCUGCUUCCGUCAAAGCAUCAAUGUUAACGUCGGCCCGUACUUGCAGCAGUGUGCAUUCAGCGAUUAAUUGGCGAUGCCACUAGCGAGCGUGCUGCGCCUGGCAAGCUACACUCAGGGCGACACGAGCCCUCUCCUCCAGUUGAGGUGGUAUUGGUAGCUAAGCUAGCGCCUGUCCCGGUAUCCACGCUGUUGCUAGCACGCGCUAACUUACCCUCCCGCAAGCCGCCGUGCCGCUCGUGACACUCGGAGCACGUAGACCGUCUCCUUCGCCGGUACCAAUUUGAUUGUCGACGUUAGCCAGUAACCGUGCGAGAGGGGGGGUUCAACUAGCUGCAGCUACGGGUAUUGUCGACUAUCGCCCUGCCUCCAGCUGCUAGCCGAAGUUCCUCAUCUGCCCCUCGAUACGGUACUUUGUCAAAUUAGCUAGCUUAAAACGCGCCGAGGGGGUGGAUACAUGUCCGCCUCUCAACCACCACACGAACCACGACAGGGACAUCUUGCAGUUCAUGUUUCGUCAAGAGGUCGGUGUGACGUCUUUUAUUCCCUCUUGUUCGCAUCUUUUCCAACACGAGAAGAGGAAUAUGUCGAGAUAUAACAUUUACAGCCUGUUGGACUGGAUCUACGGCGGGGUAGACCCGAAGUUUGAGGGCAACGGGGGCCCGGAGUGCGCCGCCUUCAUCGCGCCCCAGCAGCGCGUGAGCGAGAGUCUGGUCAUCGUCCUCAUCUCCGUGGUGGAGAUCUGCGUCGCGCUCCAGAAGAUCAACCUCUCCAAAGAGUUCAAAGUGGUGGGGAGAGACUGCGCGAGGGCGAAGGAGGACAGCCUGGGCAAGAACCUGUUGCUGGUGGCCCUCUGCAUGACUUUUGGAGUGGAGGUCGGGUUCAAAUUCGCGACCAAGACGGUGAUCUACCUGCUGAACCCCUGCCAUGUCAUGACGAUGGUUCAGAUCUUCCUGUUGGCCUGCCCGCCGUGCAAAACCGCAAUGGUUGUAUUUAGGCUGCAGGUGCACAUGCUGAACGGUGCGUUACUGGCUUUAAUGUUCCCAGUAGUCAACACUAGACUGCUUCCGUUUGAGAAGGAGAUCUACUACAUCCAGCACUCCAUGUUGUACCUGGUGCCUCUUUACCUGUUCAGGAAAGGAGGUGUGUACAAGCCGGAGCCUCUGGGGGACAUGUGGUGGGCACUGCUCUCCACCGGCAUCCUGUUUCUCUACCACUUCCUCUUCCUGCAGGUUCUGGGCUUGGCGACCGAGGUCAACCUGAACAACAUGCUGUGCCCCGCCGUGUCCGACCCCUUCUACGGGCCCUGGUACCGGGUGUGGGCGACGGGCCACCAGACCCUGCUGACCCUGGUUCACGGGAAGGCCCUCACGCUGCUCUCGCACCACACGGGCUCCGCGUGCCGCGGCCUGAAGGACGCGCUCCGAUUGCGCGGCAAGAAGGUCGACUAAAUGUCCGCGAGGACGCACACAGAACUAGCCUUUCAUUCAAAAUGCCUGCUUUUUGAGAUUUUUUAUUUUAUUUUUCAAAUAGUCUAAUGUAUCUUUUAAGACUUACUAUCUGUUUUAAUGAAAGAAGUGAGGGGCCAGUGAAUAAAUGCACCGUUGUUUGAGCGCAUGUUCAAACAUGAGCGUUUUAAGCCUGGAAUUUCACAUUGUUCAGUUAGGCCGAUUCAGCCUCUUUUUUUAGAUUUCUUUUUUUAUACAAUUUUAAGAAUUUUGGGGAGACUUCUCAAGCUGCCUUUUUUGUAAAUGUGAAAUUUCAAGGACAGGAAAUAGGAGUCACUCAAAUGUCAAUACUGAUCUCCAGGUGUUACAUUUAGUUCUGUACGUCCUGUUAGUGGGUUACGCUGCCAUUCCUGUCUCAAGUGCAUUUUGAAAAAGUUAUUGCCUGUUCAAUGUUGGAGGAUUGUGACUGAAAAGUUAUUUAUGGCGUUUUCUUCAUUUUCUUCACACAUGUACAGGUUAUGAAAACAAUGUGGACUCCUGUGCGUUUCUGUCUCCAGGCUUUUCAGAUCAUUCCAGUUGUGAUAAUCAGGGAACAUGAGGAUGUAGUAUGGGUUGAGAUAAAGGACUUAAGUAAACAAAAUACAUUGGAUGAUCUGUGUGGGGUCACUUGUUGAUGACCCAUUCGGCCCAUAUUAACCAGCAUUGGCAAUAUUAAAGUCAUGGUAUAUAUCAUUUCAAGUGUAUGGGGUGUGUGUGUGUUACUGUAGCAUAUACUGUAUUUCACUGUAAACAAAGAAGGGAUAAAACAAACUUUUGUAUUUCUAUUGGUCCCCAUAUAUGUGCUGUAUUGACAAUAAAAGUGGUUUCAGUUAACCAAAGUUCUUC